CCACUCUCGGUCUGUUUCAUACACAUAGAGCAAUCACGAUGGACACGGUCAUUUGCCUCCUUGUUUUCUCAGUUCUGCCACAGCUCGCUGUGCCUGCAGCUCCCUCUGAGACCUCAUUCAGAGCUGAAGUGGAGAUCGUGUCAGGCCAUUCAAGGAUCUUCUCUGGGGAGGAUGUCCGGCUGAGAUGCAGCAUUCCAGAUGGCAACAGGUCUACCUGGGAUUUCCUGUGGUUCAGGGGAUCUGAGCAACUACCGUACUUUGGGCAGGACUUACUUCUAUGGAACACCAUGGUUAAAAAGAGUGGGAAGUUUAUUUGCCAGGGUGUGAGGGACACAAUAGUGGGAAACAUACACACCCGCAGAAGUCUGCCUGUAGAGAUCAACGUGGAUGGAGGGUGGGCUAUCCUGCAGGUCCCUCCUCAUCCCAGCCUUGUUGGAGGCACCUUGAACGUCACGUGCCGUGUCCGAAGAAAAUACCCGCUUCGGGAGGUGAUUCUCUACAAAGAUGGUGUUGAAGUUAUGAGACGAAAUGGUGUCAACCCACAUUUCUACCUGACCAACUUGACCCUUGAGGAUCAGGGACUGUAUUCUUGCAGGGCUUCCUGGGACAUACAGAGAAAUACACACUCUGUAAUUUCAGCUGCCUCUCCAGUGCAGGUCCUAGAGGUUCUGUCACAGCCACAUUUGGAAAUUGAUGCCGCCAAUGACCUGAUCAAACUCGUGUGUCACGUCCAAUACAACAUUCCUGCCCCUGCCCCUCCAAUACAAUACUUUUUCUACAAGAAUAACACCAGACUGGGACCAGCAGCCUCUGAGAACUAUGCUCUGGUCUCGUGGAAACCAGGCCAGUACAGCUGCAAGGCCAAGGUGCCUCAGUUGGGCCUCUGGAGGUGGAGUGAGUCUUUAAGCUUUGAACAAGAGACAGGUAAUUAGAA